GAAGCCUUACAAAUGCGGUAAGAUAAGAAAGAUGGCGGGAAGGCGUACUAAUACGAUGAGAUAUUAGAGAUGGCGGAAAGGCUUAAAAAUGCGGUAAGAUAUGAGAGGGCGGGUAGCGUACAAAUGCUAUAAGAUAAUUGAGAUGGCAAAAAAGUGUACAAAUGCGGUGAGAUAUAAAAGGGAGGGAAGGUUAACAAAUGCGGUAAAAUAUGAGAAAUGGCAGGAAGGCGUACAAAUGCGGUAAGAGAUGAGGGAGCGGGAAGGCGAAAAAAUUCGGUAACAUAAGUGAGAUGGCGGAAAGGUGUACAAAUGCGGUAAGAUACGAUAGAUGGCGGGUAGUGCACAAAUACGGUAUAUGAGUGGGCGGGAAGGUGAACAAAUAGGGUAAGAUAUGAGAGAUGGCGGAAAGGCGUACAAAUACGGUAAGAUUUGAGAGAUGGCGGGAGGCGAAUAAAUGUGGUAAGAUAUGAGAGAUGGCAUCAAUGGCCUCCCGAAUGACGUCAUGGUUGCCAUAGCAGUGGUGGACGACGGAAGUCAAUAUUUAUCCAGUGCAGCAAGGGCAGCCAUCUCAAGUCUGGGGGCGACCAGCACCUUCCUCUCACUGAGGCAGACGUACGCGUUUAUUGGUUACAAGGGACACACGAAACCUAUGUGGAUCAACGAAGCGAAAAAUAACGAAGGGGUCGACUCUGAAGUGACUGUCAAAUGCAAAUGUGAAACAUGCUAGAAGCGAGUAUUUAAUUAUUUAAUCACAUAACAUAACAAAGGAAAGUUUGAUAUUCUAAACAGCGCCCCAACAGAUAUAGCUGAGCACCAGAGAACCCAAGAGUGCAUGUAGUGGAGAAAUAGGAACUUCCCUCUAAAAGAAGCGUCACCUCGUCCUUUUUGAGAGUUGGGAUUUAAGCAUCAUUGUCUGUUUUGUACUCUAAACUAACGGCUGGGUGACAUUUCACUAACAUUUUACUAAACGCAGAUCUAAGUAUUCCAUUGUAUAUCAAUGUCUCGAAUGACAAAUUGUCAAAGCGUUCUAUUCAGAAUACUGGAUUAUUAAAUAAUCUAGAAAACGUUGGCUUCUUUUUCUGUGAACCCCAAAACAUACAAUUUCUAAUAAAAAAGCCUAUAAUCUUUCAGAUACCCCCUAAAAAUACCUCAAGCCCGGUUUUGACCCCUAAAAAUACGACGAGCGCCCCCCCCCCGACAUUUUGUGCUAUUUAAAGGCUUUAGGUACCAGAGUAAAACCGUUACAGUAAAGCAGUCUUUCCUAGUUUUGUUAACUUUGGUCAUGACCAAUCUUUCAUCUACAUAACAGUAUUGGCUUGCAAAACGACUUCGCAUCACUGGUAAAACAUUGCAGAGAGUAAUUAGCCGUGGAUUUUCAACGGGAAAAUAAAGGGUUCGAAAAGUAUCCUCACGGCCACACAGACAUGUGAUGUGAAAAUGUAUUUUUGUACUUUUAUGAUCAGGUCCUUUCUUGUGUUAGAUUAAAAAGCUGACGAAAUUGCAAAAAGAAAAUAUAAGAUUCAGGAUUAUGCAGUUAACCAGUUAUUCUUUUUAAAAUUCCAUUAAGAAAAUUAGCACCUGCCCCUGAAGUUAUAAUUGCCUUAUUCUACUCUCUUUAAAGAAUGCCUUUGAUUGGUUGCCUAGUUUCCUCUCAUUAAGAACGCCUAUGAUUGGUUCAAUUCUCAUCAAAAACAACCUAACAACUUUAUAAAGGUUCAAAACUGAAAAGAACAAAGCUUACAAGAAAAAUAUGAGCUACUCGAUACAGAGAAGUGCCACAGCGCCAUGACCCUUUCUAAAGUGAUGCUUUCAAUCACCCUGUUGCUAUGGCGACACAUCUAUGCAAAUGUUUGCGAUGGCUUCUUUGAAAUACCAAAUUCCAUGCUACAGGGUCACGUGAUCGAUACAAUAACUACAACCGAGGAAGUCUGUCGAAUGACUUGCAAGAGCAAUAGCACUUGCUAUUCGAUAAACUACAUCCGUCAAAAAUCAAGAUGCGAGUUAAGUGGUGCUACACACUUCGCUUUUCCGGCUCACUUCACACCUGGCGCAGCGCCUGGCGCAUACUACGCUAUUGUUAAGCCGCUGACCAACUGCAGUAACAAUCUUUGCAGUAGUGGUAUGGCAUGCAUGAUGAGGGAAGGCGGGAAGGCGUACAGAUGCGUGCACCAGGACCAGAUCUACGUGCGAUCAUCGGAGCUUACUGGAGAGAUCAGAUUGGACGGUAUAAGCUUCCAUUUAGUAAAAAUAGUAGAUGGCAUUUACAUCAAUCGUGGUCACAACUUCGUCUCCUUCGACUGCGCAAGUAAUCACAUCAUAUCUAAUGCCACCUUCGACACGCACGGUGACUCUAGCGCAGGCUCUAAGAUUGUGAAUUACAUCAAUGGCCUCCCGAAUGACGUUAUGGUUGCCAUAGCAGUGGUGGACGACGGAAGUCAAUAUUUAUCCAGUGCAGCAAGGGCAGCCAUCUCAAGCCUGGGGGCGACCAGCACCUUCCUCUCACUGAGGCAGACGUACGCGUUUAUUGGUUACAAGGGACACACGAAACCUUUGUGGAUCAAGGAAGCAAAAAAUAACGAAGGGGUCGACUCUGAAGUGACUGUCAAAUGCAAAUGUAAAACAUGCUAGAAGCGAGUAUUUAAUCACAUAACAUAACAAAGUAAAGUUUGAUAUUCUAAACAGCGCCCCAACAGAUAUAGCUGAGUACCAGAGAACCCAAGAGUGCAUGUAGUGGAGAAAUAGGAACUUCCCACUAAAAGCGUCACCUCGUCCUUUUUGAGAGUUGGGAUUUAAGCGUCAUUGUCUGUUUUGUACUCUAAACUAACGGCAGAAAGCUGGAUGACAUUUCACUAACAUUUUACUAAACGCAGAUCUAAUUAUUCCAUUGUAUAUCGCUGUGACAAAUUGUCAAAGCGUUCUGUUCAGAAGACUGGAUUAAUAAAUAAUCUAGAAAA